GCUGCUGCUGGCACUCUGGCACCCAAGCCUUGCAGCUCAGCAGGAGGUGUCCCCCCCCCCCCCCACCCCACCCCCGCCAGCUUCGGCGCGCGCGGCCUCGGAGCUGCUCUCCAACUUCUCUACCGAGCCGCGCUCCCGUCCUGCGCGCGCUCCCGCGCACCCCGUCUUCCCCCACCCCUACCCCGAGUCCUCCACUCCUCUUCCUUUCAUUCUCACGCUCUCACGCUUCUAGGCCGACGUGUGGAAGUUACAUUCUGGACAGCCCCGGCUGUGAUGCUGAAGAGCUCCGAGCCAGCGCUCGGCCGAGCCUCCCGCCGGGAUCCCCGGCAGAGACCGCCCCCGGCCCGGCGCUGACAUUUAAGUCUGCACUGCUCAAGGGCGACCCGCGUCUCUGCUGCCCCGGUUGCGGCCGCUCUGCACCCCUAGGGACUGGGGUCGUGGUGGGCUGGCCACAUACACACCGGGGAUCUGCACGCCUGGGUGAGUUCCUGGUCUUCCUCGGCCACCCCCGUUACCGUGGAGAACCUGUUUACCCUGCAAACUUGAGAUGUGACCAAAGCAGCCCAGCCUGCCUUGCAGGGUUACGCUUCCGAUCGCAGGGCGAUAAAUUCGGCACUCAGAGCUCAAGGGGAUCUGCUCAGAGGCUUAAAGGGCCUGGAUUCCUAUCACAGACUCACACUGACUGGUGGGUCCUGUGAAGGGCAAAGGAUGGUACUCACUGACGUCACUCCGGCUCCUGUUAUGUAUCUUCCCUACUGAGAGACUCCUGAGAAACAACCGUCCCUCUCUGAGGAAGGAAACAGCCGUGAUUUACCAAGACAAGAAGUAAUCCUCUGUGAUCACAAGAUGAUUCAGGAUGGAUCCUGAAGCUGCCCAGCUGGAGAAGCAGCAUGUGCAUGAUGUGUAUGAAAGCACAGCCCCCUACUUCAGUGACCUGCAGAACAAAGCUUGGCCACGAGUCCGCCAGUUCCUGCAGGACCAGAAGCCAGGCAGCCUCAUUGCUGACAUUGGUUGUGGAACUGGGAAGUAUCUUAAAGUGAAUAGCCAAGUACACACCCUGGGCUGUGACUACUGUGGGCCUCUGGUAGAGAUUGCCCGGAAUAGAGGGGGUGAAGUCAUGGUAUGUGACAACCUUAAUCUCCCCUUUAGGGACCAGGGCUUCGAUGCUAUCAUCUCCAUAGGAGUCAUACAUCAUUUUUCUACAAGACAAAGAAGAAUUAGAGCAAUAAAGGAAAUGGCCAGGGUCUUAGCUCCUGGAGGCCAACUGAUGAUUUACGUUUGGGCGAUGGAACAGAAGAACCGGCACUUCGAGAAGCAGGACGUGCUGGUACCGUGGAACCAUGCUCUCUGCUCCCGGCGGCUCUCAGAAUCCCACCAGUCCUGGGGGCAUCCGUGUGGGCAUCCCAUGAGCCAAGGCCACCAGGGUCCUGGCUCCGCCUGCAGCUGCGCAGUGUGUUUUCAGGGCAGGUGCGAUUCCAAGCGGUCCCACAGCAUGGACGACGGGCCUGCGAUGGCGAGAACCUGCUGUGAAGAUGUUUCCAAGGAAGGCGAGGAAGCAAAUGGAUUGUAUAACAAUUUCGGAAAAUCUUUCCGCUCCUGGUUUUUCUCCAGGUCUUUGGAUGAAUCAACCCUGAGGAAGCAAACUCAAAGAGCCAGACCCAUGAAAGUCACGGAGGGCUGGGCCAAUAGCACUGUGUCCCGUCAGCCUUCCAGACACCCCAGCUUAGACUUACAUCCUCAGGAGACGUUUUCAACAAAAGAACCAAACUUAGAUGAGGUGUUUGGAGACACAUCUUUUCAAAGACACUUGGGCUGGCUGGAAGCACCGGGCACUUCAGAGAACUUCAGGGGACACCAGGGAGGAGAGGGCAGGAGGAAGGUGGGCGGCGAUUUUCUGGACAUCGCUGACAGCAGAGACAGUGUGGCUGCAGAUAACGUCAUUGAUCCUUCUGCCAGAAAAAUAUUAAGGAGAGUUUCUGCAUUUGACUCUACAGAUUCCAAACCAGAAGGCCCAAGCUACGCGGAGGAGCAGCAGGAUGCUCCGGAUUCCCGGGCCUUCAUGCGCUACUACCAUGUGUUCCGGGAAGGUGAGCUGUCCGGACUAUUGCAGGAGAGUGUGUCCGAGCUGCAGGUUCUGAGUGCCGGCAAUGACCACGGUAACUGGUGCAUCAUCGCAGAGAAAAGGGAGAGCUAGGAAUGACUACACCACUUGGGAAGUCAGAGGUGGAUGUGGGCACCUGAAUCAGCAUCCUGUUUCAUUGUUUUCAAAUCCAGGUACAAGAUGGUCCUUGGACACUUUGACCUGAUCCUCUGAGUAGUUGAGUAAGCACAGAACCUGGAGCUUGCUGCAUCCGCCACAGGAUAUGUCUGCUGAUGUGUCAAUAAAAGGAUCUGCGGAAGCAAUAGAAAAUGUACUUCAGGACAGGUUUGAUUUUAUUGCUCCCGGAGAUGAAAAUAUUAUAAUAAGUGUAAGUUGAGUGUCAGUAUUAUCUUUUGGUUUUUAAAUAUUCUGCUGUUAAAUAUCUUUUAGAAGCAGUUUAUAUAUAUAUAUAUAAAACUAUGCUGGCUCUCAGGUCAUUACUUAGAUCUGUUCGGCUGCGGGGUGUGUAUUUGUUGAGGCUUGCUGUGGGGGGGUCUUGCUUUCAGGCUUUGCGUCUCUCUACUCCAAGUCUUCAGAGACGUUCAUACGGUGCAGAGAAACACAAGUAUUGCCCAGACUUUCUAAACCACACGCAAACGUCCUUCAGGAUGAUCACUGUAAAUAAUACCGUCUUCUGCGUUAUUCCAAAGGUUUUUAAAGGCACUGUUAGCAGAGGGUGUGGCUUUGUCUUCGAGCGGGCAGCUGGCACGCCCAAGAAUCAGCAUCUAUGCACACACAGAGGAAAAAGAAUAAAAACACUGUUAGCAUGCAGAGACCACUACGUGGGUGGAAGGCAUUAUCAGUCUUCUGGUGGCAUUUCCCCCAAAGGUAUUAGAAGCAUAAAUAUCCUGCUGAGAUAGCGCCAAAAUUAACCAAAGGGUUUUUGACCAGGAAGUGCUUGUCUGAGAUAUCUGAGAGUCUAAUCAGACCACUUGUACUUUGGCUGUGAGGAAAGAUUUGAAGAGUGCGGUGUAUUCAGCCUUGAUGGACACAUAACUGGGAUUUGUUGUUGCAUGCCCAGGCAUUUACUCUUAAAGGUGACCACAUUAGAUUUACUGUAUCAGUGAUCUAGACAGAAUCAAAACUUACUUGCAGGUUGAAUUUCUGGUACUCUAUAGAGCAGUGAUUAGACCGGGCACUAUUGCUGCUUUUAUAUAGAUUUAACCUCAGGUCUGUUUAAUUCUAUGUCAUGGAUCCCCAAGGAACAAUUUAUGACAUAAAUAAGGACCAGACUUGAGAGAAACAAAAAAUAAGUUGGCCAAGGAAUACGGUUCCAGAUCACCCUUUAAUAAGCAGAAAAUCAAAUAGUCAUCAUACUUUCUGGACCAAUGUAAUGAUGGAUAUUGGAUUAAAAUCCAAUCUUCAUUUCAUUUUUUUUCCCACUACAAAAUUAACAAAAAUUAUAAUGCAUCACAUUUAUUUGGUGUUUACCCUCUUCAGGGAUUUUGCUAGAACUUAACAGAACGAAGCUGCUUUGGAAGAAAAUUCAAAGAUGGUUUUAAAGCUGUAUUGGGGAAACCACUGAGCCCCUUCUUGCUCCAAAGUCAGAUCGCCUCACCCCGGAUGUGGAAGUGGUACAUGGAAUUUGCACUUUUCAGUGCAUGUUUUGUAUGGGAAGCAAUGGCAAUAGAUGUAGGGAUAAGGUAGAACUUAGAAUUUAAGGGAGUGUGCCUUCCAUUUUUCAAAUUAAAACAUGAAACUGCAUGGACAGGUGGCUUCCUGGGAGAAACAGUAACUCCAAACUAGUAUUGAUGACCUCUUUAUUGGGGUCCCCUCCCCACCCACCAGGUCUGUUGUCCCUACACCCAUUUGUCUUUGCUGCCAGACACCACCUCUCUCUGGUCGGAGCAUGCCACUUAAAGGUCGUUAUAUGGAACUCAGUUCAUUAGGGCGUGACAGGAUGGCUUGCCAGCUAAUAUGUCUGAGCAAGCUCAUAAAAUAAAUAUACACACCACUUUAUAGUAAAAGGCCUUUGGAAUGGUUACUGAGAGAGAGAUUUUCAUACAGCGUUGACAGAGCUGUGAACACGAAUAAUAGCAAUCUUGCACUUUUCUUGUCUGUAAAGCACAAGAAUUCUAUGCACCCAGAUGUUAUAUCGUAUAUUCAGCAAAACUAGUGAGUGGGUAACCACCCUUGGGGGGGGGGGCUCCUUGUGAAAAGCACUGCUACGUUCAAUUUUUGCCUUUUGAUGAUAAAAGCCAUUGAAAAUUCAUGUAAAUAUCUUGACCAUGCAAAAGCUUGCUCAUCUCCAUGGCCGUCCUCAGAGAGAAACACAAGUCAUAAAUGAGUCUAACUGGAGACAGUGUGUGUCCAUCAGCCUUAACCAGCUUGUGUGUAGUGUUCACUGAUAUGCCUGACGUGAUCUGCAAACCUUCUCCACUGCUCAUAGGCAAAAUGAUAUUUUCCUAGUUCCUUCCUGACAUCCACACAGAGUCCCCCUGUCUGACAUGGGUGGGGGGAAGGUUAGGGAAGUUCUUAGAGAAUCCUUAAAGGUAAGACUAGUGGUGCCUCACUGGCUUACAAGGGAACUUUAUGUAAACAGACAAAUGUGUUGAUACUAACAAAAGAUGCAAUCAAGGUGAUAUUUUCCCAGAGACCAAGUGAUGGGUUAGUUUCUCUGGGUUAUUAGGUUUUGGGGGUUUUGUUGUAUGGUUUUGUCAUUUGCUUAUUGGCAGAGUGAGGAAAUUGGACCAGUGUGCUAUGGUAACUAUGGAUCAGCUGCACACAACACUGGCAGUCAGAUGGAUUUGAUCCUUCCCUCUUACCAUAUGUCCCUGUACAGUCUAUCACUCAUUCCUGUUUCUAGUUUUCCCCAGCUCAUCCAUCGUGAUCCGAGAUACCAAAGACACCUGACCUUCAUUCGAGUCGCCAGAAAUGGAAGGCAGGCCAGAGAGGAAAUUAUCCAAAUGUAAAUCAGGAAUGUGAAUGUAUGUGUAUACUAUUUGCCACUGAACAAAGGAACACUGGUGGGUCUUUCAAAUAUAUGGGCUCCCAGGAGAACAGAAAACGGAACUACAGUUGUACCUGGUAUGGGAGAAAAUGCCUUAAAAUGAGGUGUGAGGGGCUGGAGGGGUGGCUUAGUUACUUAGGGGGCUUGCUGUUCCCUGCAGAGGACCUGAGAUUGGUUCCUAGUACCCAUGUUGGGCAGCUUAUAAGUGCCUCUUCGGGACUCCAAGGGCACCUGCACUCACACUCACACUCAGAAAGAGACAGAUAGACUAACAGACAGACAGACAGAAUUAAGGCAUAGAAAUGAAUCUUAAAAAAAAAAAAAAAAAAAAAAAAAAAAAAAAAAACAACUGGGCUCUGAACACCCAGUGUGGGAGAGAGAAGGAAAUUAGAGUGGAUGUUGGCUCUACAGCUACAUUAUAAAGAAACAGAUUAAGCCAAGCCUCCCUUUCUCCGAAGAUAAAAAUUGAGAAAUAAUAACAGCAGCUAACUAUAGUAGCCAAUGUUUAUUAUUUUGUUUGUAAUCCUCUCCACAGCUCUCUCAGAUAAAUACGCUUACAUUCCCGUUUUGCAGAUAAAAUUUAAGACAGAAAAAAAGUGUGCUAAAUCCUCAGAGUCUACAAGGACAGGAACUAUCAUCACACAUUUAGUUAAAGGUGGAGCUAAGAUUCAAUCCCAGAUGCUCUGGCUCCAGCCUGGGUUUAUAACCACAGUUCCCCACAUGCGCACCUGCUGGGUCCCAGGCUUCUUGCUAAAUAGGUAAUAAAGUAUUCAGGGUUAACUAUGAUGGUCCCCUGUUAAGCAGGUUAAAAAAAGACUAUGCAUCUCUCUCCCCCUUUGUUUUUUGCUUGUUUGUUUAUUUUGUUUUUGUUU